UUUUGUCUUCCAAAAAUUAAUGAUGAUUUCCUCUAAAGAACAGGAGGCCCCUUUUCCCUCUCCUUCCCUAAUCCCCUCAACCCCCAGGUGGUGGUCAAAGGACACGGUGGCUGUAGUGACCGGAGCGAACAAGGGAAUUGGGUAUGCGCUGGUGAAGCGAUUGGCAGAAAUGGGGCUGACUGUUAUCUUAACCGCUAGAGAUUUCCAGAGAGGGAGCAAGGCAGCUCAGGCACUGAGAAGCCAAGGAUUACACGUGCACUUCUUUCUCCUUGAUGUCUCCGACCCUGCUUCAAUCAAAGCCUUCGUCUCAUUGUUCAACAUCAAUUUUGGAUCCUUGGAUAUCCUCGUGAACAAUGCCGGUGUGACAUUCAAUGAGAUCGAUGAGAAUUCAGUGGAGCAUGCAGAGACGGUGAUCAAAACAAAUUUCUAUGGAGCUAAGUUACUCACUGAGGCUCUCUUGCCCAUGUUUCGUCGCUCGCCUUCCACGAGCCGGAUUCUCAAUAUUAGCUCACGACUCGGCUCAUUAAACAAGGUGAGAAACCCUAACAUAAAAAGAAUACUAGAAAGUGAAAAUUUGUCGGAGGAGCAUAUCAAUGGUGUGGUGGGAUUGUUUCUUGAGAGUGUGAAGAAUGGAACGUGGGAGAGGGAAGGGUGGCCGGAAUUAUGGACAGACUAUGCGGUAUCAAAGCUUGCCCUAAACGCAUACACAAGGGUUUUGGCAAAGCGUUACGAAGGGUGUGAUAUAAGUGUGAAUUGCUUUUGCCCUGGCUUCACUCAGACGUCUAUGACUCGCGGCAGGGGAAAGCAUACGUCGGAGGAUGCUGCCGAUGUAGGAGCUCGCCUACUCUUGCUUCGGCCGGAGGUCCUCCCGACUGCUCAAUUUUUUCUAUGGGGUAGCAGUAGUGCUAGUAUUGUUCACUCAAAAUUGUAAACGAUAUUUAAUUGCAAUUAG